AUUCAGCGUCUGCUCUGCCGAUAAUGCAAGCGUAGAAGAAGAAGUUCCGCUUUUCACCUGUUUAUUUUCUGCCCUGAGCCAGUGAACACUUUUCAGCGGAUGAUUUCCGAACCUGUAAAGGAAGAGCUUUAUUAAAGAGUACAGCUGUGCCGAUGGUGUCACAACUAAGGACAGAGGGCAUUUCACAACAUCCUGCUGCUGCAGUGACUGAGACAGCCAACAUUGAGACUUCUUUUGAUGAUGUGCCACACUCCACUCCAGUUAAACCAAAACAACCUGGUGAUCGACCUGAGCACUCUCAUGCAAGACUGCAGCUGGUCCUAACAAGCCCUGAAACAACCAAAGAACGCACAUGUCCAUCCACAUCUGGCAGUUAUCAUGCCUUCCCCCCCACAAGGUUAUCUCAAACUGAUAUGCAAGCUCAGAUGUCAGAGGAACGUUUGGAGGAAGGUUUGGAUGUCAGCAUGACCUCAAUUGGUGUUCCUCUAGACCCAAAAGACACCAGUUUUGCUCUUCCAAGCUCAACAUCAACUUCAACUCCAACCUCAGAAGAAACUGAAGACUUGAGAACCUGGGAUGAGAGGAAAUGGCUGGUUGACGAGUCAAAAUUGUUUCAGCUUUUCAAGACUUGCCAUCAGUGUGGAACAGAAAUCAUUCAAAAAAAUGUUCAGAUAUCUGGGAGCUGUAUCAAAAUAUUGUGGGAGUGUCUGAAUCAACAUAGUGAUGAGUGGAGUUCCUGUCCAGAUGUUAGAGGGAUGCCAGAGAAUAAUCUACUUGUAGCAGCGUCAACUCUCUUCACUGGUGCCACGUACACAACAAUUGCUGAUUGGGCUGGACUGCUGAAUCUCCAAAUUCCCAACAAUACAACAUAUUACAAAAUACAGUCUUCAUAUCUAAUCCCAGUCAUCGACAUGGUGUACAACGAGCAGCACAAGGCCAUCAUGGAACAGCUACUGCAUAAACAGUAUACUCUGAAAAAGGGAGUGCAUGUAUCUGGAGAUGGCCGAUCAGACAGCCCAGGCUUCUCCGCAAAAUACAACACCUACAGCUUCAUGGAGGACACAACAAAGGAAAUAAUCAUUUUUCAGUUAGUGCAGGUGACAGAGGCAUCCAGCUCUGCUGCCAUGGAGCCAGUGGGGUUCAGGAGAGGACUUGAUUAUCUCCUUGAGCAAGGUCUUGAAGUGGAGGUGGUAACCACUGACCGAUCACCAUCUAUACGAAAAAUUAUGCGCGAAGAGUAUCCGGAAAUCCACCAUGAGUUUGACAUCUGGCAUGUUGUCAAGGGGCUAAUGAAAAAAUUGCUGUCAGCAUCCAACAAAAAGGACAACCGAGACCUGCAACCAUGGAUAAAAUCCAUCUGCAAUCACUUGUGGUACGCCUGUUCCACUUGUGGAGGUGACCCUGAUGAUUUGAUAAGGAAGUGGAAAGCACUACUUCAUCACAUCUGUGGUGUGCACCGCUGGGAGGAAGAUGGACAGGAGAUUAAAUGUGUGCAUGCUGACCUUACGUCAGAGGAACAGAGGCGAAAGAGGUGGUUAAGGAGAGACUCUUACGCUUUCAAAGCCCUGACAGCUAUUGCCCUGGACAAAGGACUCAUGAAAGACCUUAGGCAAAUGGCCCUUUUCAAACAUACUGGGAAGCUUGAAGUAUUCCAUGCAUCUAUGCUGAAAUACACAGAGAAGAGACUGCACUUCCACUACUCAACAAUGAAAGCUCGCACCCAGCUUGCCGUUAUGGACCACAAUGAAAAUGUUCAGCGUGAACAGGCCUACACCAACACAGGACAAGCACGGUUCAAUGUGGUUUACCCAAAACAAACAAAAGAAUGGGUCGCCAAAAAGAUCUAUGUUCCAACAACACAAACAUUCCGGCAAAAUCUGGUGGUGCAAGUUGUGCGGAGACGCCUGGACCCCAACAUCAAGAUCAAAGACCCCCAGUCAUAUGUUUCUAUCCCUCCCAUACCAGAAAACAUUGCUCAGAAACCAAAGCCUGCCAAAGAGGAAGCCAUACAAAAACAUACUUCCCGAUACAGCAGUUAGUCUGAGUGGUGCAGUAUUUUUACUCUUGCCUUUUUAUAUUUGUAAUUAUGCAAAUAAAAAGUCUAGCUGGUGGCAUGUAAUUUUAACCUUCUUUUUUUUUUCAAAAUUCUGGGAUACAGAGUCUGAUAAGGGGUUUACUUAAUAUAGUUAUAACAUGACAUUUUGAAAUAAAAUGGCAUGUGUUUGUGGUUGGCUUGUCUGCAUUUCACACUUAGGUCUAGAAUAAAUAUUUAAUCAAA